AUGUCACGGUGCUCGAAUCAAAGUUGCCAAAUACAGCCUAUAGUAUUUUGCAGUUGUAAUAAUCAAACUUAUUAUUGAUGCGAAAAUGAUUACUUUAAUCACACUCAAGCAUGUCCUCAUGAACUCCAUAGCACUCAACUCCUUAAGCCUAUCAAUUCAGAAGCUCAUAGCAGUCUUUUAAAUAAAAUAAUCGAAGUUAAACUAGAAACUGAAAAAAUCAUAGUCGAAGUCAAUGCAGAAACUGAAAAAAGUGUCCAAGAACACUCACGAAUUAUCAAAAAAGCUCUUAAAGCAAAUAAAAGACUGACCAAAGAAAUGGAUUCUAUAGCGUGUGCGCCCCUAUAGAUUUUCAAGGAAAAGCCCUUCAAAGAAAAAAAUUAUUUUGAAAUUCCAAAAAAAUUUCCAAAAAGUCAAAUAUCAAUUUAAAAAUGCCAUAUAUAUGUCUAUUUGUCAAUUUGAAAAUUGACUUUUCAUAAAUAAAAUGGCAUUCGGUUCGAGAGAAAUUAGCUUUGCUAAUUUUCUCUCCCUCAUGGAAUUUUAUUUAUAGGGUUAGGUUUUCACUCGAGAACUUCUGGGCAGCAAUAGCGGUUUAACUCUGGGAUAACCAGAGGAACUGCUCCUCAGUCCUCUCAAGAUUUCGGGCUUUUACCUCUCAGCACAUCCCCACGGAGGAUGACCCUUAGGCGGAACACGCGCAGGAGCUGAGUCGAGCGACAAGAGCGACGGCAUCGCGCCGGGUGAGACGUGCAGCAAGGCUGGUGAAGCAGGAGUUGAUAGAAGGCUUGGCCAGGGCUGACCUGUUCCAAGAUGGCUCGCCUACGUCACUAGUUUUGCCAUAGGCCCUUUUGGGCUGCGGCACUAGACACCUUAAACACCAGAUAAUUAAGUAAGUAAGAAAAUUGACUUUUCAGAUUUUUCCUUAAUUCAAAAUUUAAAUUUUUUAUAUAAAAACACUUGUCCUCAGGGAUCUAAAAUGAGGCUUGCGCUAUAUCGUAAAUCAAUGCGAAAAAAUCAUUAAAAUAAUAAGUGAGCCAGUUAUAAAUAAAAGCUUUUAUAGCCCUUUAGAAUAUAUUUUGAUAAAUGACAUUUCCAAAUCAGAACAUAUUAUAAACGAAAUCCAGCCUCCAAAAAUUGUAUUCCUUUUAAUAAGUCCUUAAAUUGAUAUUUUUCUUGAAAUUCCAUUUUUUUAGCCAAAAAUGCUAUUUUCUUAUUAUCCAACACAGAAUAGAUAUUCAAUUAGUCCAAGGCUUAUGGGAAAAAGUAAAAAUAAAGACUUCAUUUUUUAGCUACUUAUUAAAUACUUAUUCAGCAUAUUCUAUAUAUGUCAAAAACGAAAGUGAUGGCCAUCAAGCAGUUGUAAGAGCUAACAGAUCUGGCAGUGUUUCUUAUAUGAAUCAUAAUAUUGAACACCAUUCACGCUUUUUAUUUGUCAGUCCUCAUGAAAUUAUGAUCACUGGAGGCAAAAAAGCUGAAAACGAAAACCAAUGCUUGCUUCUUGAUACUGAAAAUAACCAAUUUUCGUCUAAACCAAGUUUAAAUGUUGGAAGAUAUUGGCAUUCCUGUGUUCUUUUUAAAGGCUGCCCUGUUGUAAUUGGUGGACAUUAUCAAAGCGAUGCUUUAAGCUCAGUAGAGAUGCUAGAAUUUGACAGAUGAAAAGUGAUGCCUUCUAUAAAAAAUCCAAGAUGGUCUGGUGCAGCAUCUUGCGUAUUUGAUAAGAUUUUUCUAUUUGGUGGAAACUUUAAAAAGCCAGUUGUUGAAGUAUUUUAUGAGGCUAAAAAUGAUUGAGAAGAAAUAGAUAUUGAGAUCUUAAUCUUAAUUAAUUUAUAACGUUUUUUAUGUCCACUACGAGGGAGCCUUGUCCAGAGCUACCACCAUAUUUGUCUACGUGUCGACCCAUGGACUUUUGGAUCGAUCCACUUUGAUUCACCAAGGCAUGGGCAAGUACAGUGUUCCGGCUUCGACGGGCUUCGCUGCAGCCACGGCUUUAUUUCGACUCAGCUCCUGCGCAUGUUCCGUCUAAGAAUCACCUUCCUCGACUGAGGGUAAAGACCUGAGCCUCUUGAGCGCACUGAGGAGCAGUUCCUCUGGUUAUCCCCAGAGUUAAACCGCUAUUUUUGUUCAGAAGUUCUCGAGAUAAAACUCAACUCCAUAAAUAAAAUUGCUUGAGGUAGAGAAAAUUAGCGGAGCUAAUUUCGGUUGAACCGAAUGCCAUUUUAUUUAUAUAGAUAUUGAGAUCAGCUAUAGAAUUAGCCCAGGAGUUAUAGGUCUUUAUGGAGAUAAUCUUUUGAUUUUUGGAGGCAAAGCAGGCGACAAUUUCAUAAACGAAGUGGUUAAAGCUGAUCUUGACUCAGUCCCCUUCUUCCUGUUCCAUUUUAAAGAGGUUUUUUUUAAAAAAUAAUAGUAAAAAAUUCAUAAUAAAAUAAAUUUUAUUAAAAUUUAAAAUUAAAAAUUAAAAGAUAUAGAGUCUCUAUGAUAUUGGAUGGCUAUUGUAAUCUUGAUGUUUGAUGUUUCACCAGCAUAGGUUGCUGAAGCCAACCCUAAAAUUAGCACUAAAUAGAGGGUUUGUCAAUUUGAGAUUUGGAUUCGCUAUCAUAUGUAGUGAAACAUCCCCCAAUCGUCUUGGGAGACGUCAGGAAAAAUAGUAGUCCAAAAGCUUGGAGAUGAUAUAUAAACCGAAAGCAAUAUUCUUGAUUUUUAAUUUAUUUUAUAGAGAAUUUAUUUAAAAUAUUAAUCUGAUUAGCGUGCUAACCGCUUAAAUAGCAUUUAACUUGUAUUUCUUCCAUUAAAUUAGGUUAAAACAAUUUAUAUGAAAAUUAUUAUUUUUUAAAUUAAAAAAAUUGUCCCAAUCUAUAGUAGGGAGAGUCAGGAAAAUUAUCAAAAAUGAAUGCUUUGCCAUAUGGCAGUUCCCAUCCAUAUAACUGCUAUUCUAUCACUGACAAUAAUUUUUUUCAUUAUGUCUUUACUAAUAUAUUCGGAGGCAGUAUUACAUGGGGAUUUGAAGAAGAAAUAAGCUUUAAUUAA